CCCCUUCAAAUCAAAAUUCCACACACAAUAAGAAAACCACUCUUCCUCUCAUCACAAAAUGGAGAUCAGCCUACCAGACCACCCUACUUAACCUCCAUUUUCUUUAAGCCAAAUCAGAGGAAAACAAAAAUAUGGAAGAUUGUGCCGAUUACUGCCACGUCAGCGCCGGCGGCCGGAAUAUAAUUUUCGGAAAGUACGAGAUGGGAAGGAUGUUGGGACAAGGUACGUUUGCAAAAGUGUAUUAUGCGAAAGAUGUUUUUACUUCAGAAAGUGUUGCGAUUAAAGUCAUCAAGAAAGAUCAAGUUCGCAAAGAAGGUCUAAUGGAUCAAAUCACUAGAGAAAUCUCCGUGAUGCGGCUUGUCCGACACCCAAACGUGGUCGAAUUAAAAGAAGUUAUGGCGACCAAAACGAAAAUAUUCGUCGUGAUGGAGUACGUCACCGGCGGUGAGCUUUUUGCUAAAGUUUUAAAAGGGAGAUUAAAAGAAGAUGUUGCCAGAAAAUAUUUUCAACAAUUAAUCAGCGCCGUUGAUUUCUGCCACAGCCGCGGUGUCUCCCACCGUGAUCUGAAGCCAGAAAAUCUUCUGUUAGAUGAAAAUGGUGAUUUAAAAGUAUCUGAUUUCGGGUUAUCUUCGUUACCGGAACAUUCACGAAACGACGGGUUGUUACACACCCAGUGUGGAACUCCGGCGUAUGUCGCGCCGGAAGUUCUCCGGCGAAAAGGGUAUGAUGGUGCGAAAGCGGAUAUUUGGUCUUGUGGGGUGAUUUUGUAUGUUUUGUUAGCUGGGUUUCUUCCUUUUCAAGAUGAGAAUGUUAUGCAUAUGUAUAAGAAGAUAUUCAAAGCCGAAUAUGAGUAUCCGCCUUGGUUUUCGGCGGAUGCGCGUCGGUUAAUUUCGAAAAUAUUAAUUGUGGAUCCGUCGCGACGGAUCACAAUCCCGGCGAUCAUGCGAUCGCCGUGGUUUUCAAAAGGGUUCCAGCGGCCACUCGCUUUUUCGAUAAAGGAAACCGAUGAUUGUGGGGCUGAAGCAGAAAUUACAAAAUCAAAAUCUGUAUCGGAAUCAGAAUCUGUGCCGCCGUUUUACAAUGCUUUCGAGUUCAUUUCCUCGAUGUCGUCGGGUUUUGAUUUGUCGAAUAUGUUUGAGAGUAAGCGGAAACCGGGCUCGUUGUUUACGUCGAAGUACUCGGCUUCGUCUAUUGUUAACAAGCUCGAAUCGGCUGCGAAGAAGUUAAACUUGAAGAUGUUGAAAUCGAAACAGAAUGAUUAUAAAGUGAAGAUGCAGGGGAUGUCCGAGGGGCGAAAAGGGAAGUUGUCGGUGACGGUGGAGGUGUUCGAGGUGGCGCCGGAGGUGACGGUUGUAGAGUUUUCGAAGUCCGCCGGCGAUACACUCGAAUACAAGAAGUUCUGUGAGGAUGAUGUUAGACCAGCCUUGAAAGAUAUUGUGUGGAAGUGGCAAGGUGAAGAUAACAUUUGUAACUAAAGUCUCGAGGUUUUGAUAGUUGUUGUGGAGUCUCCCUAUGUACAAAAACUUUUGUAUUUGAAGUUAAUUUUAAUUUUUGUAGCACCACAAACACAAUGUUUUCGGAUUUAA